AUGAGGGUUAAGAAACUGACGAUAGAUAGGCUUGCGCGAAAAUGGGGAAAAGACUCGAAGCCGAAGAGCAAAGGGAAGCAGCCUGCCGCCGGCGCCAGCGAGGAUGGUGCCUCCAAGGGCGCCGGAAAAAGCAAAGGGGGGAAGUCAGCUGAUGGGCUUGGCACCUGCACUUAUGUCAAGGCAAGACAUAUUUUGUGUGAAAAGCAAGGCAAGAUCAAUGAAGCUUACAAGAAAUUGCAAGAUGGUUGGCUGAGUAAUGGGGAUAAGGUCCCUCCUGCUGAAUUUGCAAAGGUAGCUGCAGAGUAUUCAGAAUGCCCGUCGGGGAAGAAAGGUGGAGAUCUUGGAUGGUUUCCUAGGGGCAAAAUGGCUGGACCCUUCCAAGACGUUGCAUUCAGCACACCAAUUGGUGUCACCAGUGCACCAUUCAAAUCUACGCAUGGUUACCAUAUCAUCUUAUCCGAGGGAAGGAAGAAUUGAUUGUGCCAUGCGCUGUGGAUGACUUUUCAACCUCAACCUCAACCUCAACCUCAAUCAAAGUAUUAGUGUCAUCAAUCUAUGGUGCCAGAGACUGUGUGCAUAGUAUCUCAUUACUUUGCUUUUUGUGUGACAAUGAUAUUGCAGUUAAUAAUUCUCCAUGUGACUAGCUAAGAAUUUGAGUUAUUUUUAAGAUUUCCAUGGUUUGGCCUUAAUACGUGUAUCAGGAUUUCAUCCUUAUCUUUUGAUCCUUAGCUGAUAAAA